UCUUCUCCGUACUGGAGACGAGGUGUAAUGAGGGUCGUUAUUUCACUAGCAUUAUUGUGUUUAUUGUGUUCUGCGAGCGAUGCCAAUGACGAUUUCUAUGAAAUGCUUGGCGUUAGUAAGGAUGCUGACAAUCGUGACAUUAGGAAAGCAUUCAAGAAAAUUGCUCUCCAAAAACAUCCUGACAAAAAUCCGGACCCGAAUGCUCACGCAGAAUUCGUACGUUUGACUCGUGCGUACGAGGUGUUGAUGGAUGAGGAUCUACAUGCUGAAAUUGUGACGUUGUCACGGGCCGACUUCCAACAGGAAGUCGUUGAGUCUGGCGAGAUUUGGUUUGUGAACUUUUAUUCAACGUUCUGUUCGCAUUGUCAUCAACUUGCACCAACGUGGCGAAAGUUCGCACGAGAAAUUGAGGGUGUGCUUCGGAUCGGAGCAGUUAACUGUGCAGAAGAUCCAAUGCUGUGUGCAUCGCAAGAUGUCAUGGGAUAUCCAUCGUUGGUACUUUAUCCUCAGAAAACACUCUACAAUGGUGAGCGUGAAUUGAACGAGUUGAUUGAUUUCGUUAUGAGUCACAUUGUGAUCGAAGUUCAUGAGAUGAGCAAAUCAAAUGUGAAUUAUUUGAGCGUUGAAUCAGAUGAAUAUUCCUCGAAUGGAUGGGUGAUCGACUUUUGUGACGAUCAUGAUAAUUGUUUAUCAGAUACGAACAGAAAGAAAUUGGCUGCAAUAUUGAAAGAUUCAACGAAUGUUGCAACUGUGAAUUGCUACGAAGGUGCUAUGAAAGAUCAACUGUGCACUGAUCUGAAACGAACCCAAGGUGUUGCUUAUUAUCCGCCUGCUAAGAUUGAUCAGAGUCAUGCUCAAGAGAUAAAAAGUUUAGAUCCAAAAGAAAUCGCUUCACUCGUUUUGCAAUUUCUUCCCGGUUUGGAAAGUCUCCUUCCCGGGCAGUUGGAUGAAAUCUAUAAUGCCAAACUUCGUUCCGAAUCGACUCUUCUUUAUCUUCUUCCGGACUCUAAUGUCACCAAUGAUGCAAAUAAUCCAGACUUUAAAAAAUUACCUGCAAAAUUAUCCGGUAUUGCCAAGGUAAAUCUCUCAUUGUUCCUGGAAUAUAUUUUGAAGGUAUUUGUUGCUGAUUGUUCCAAGUCGUAUAGUAUAUGCCAGAGUUUGAAUAUCGGUCAAAUACCGAAGUGGAUUUUGUUCAAGAAAAUGGGUGGUUAUGAAGUUUAUUAUGGCAAAACAAAAUCGUUGCUGAGCAUAGUUGGAUUUGCGCGUGAAAGUGCUCAGUCAACAAUGAUAACACUAUCAGCGAAUGGUUAUCAGGAGGCUGUUUCAAGUGAUCAGCUUUGGCUUAUUGAUUUCUUUGCACCUUGGUGCCCUCCUUGUAUACGAUUACUGAAUGAAUUACACAAACUUCACAAUUUUGUUGAGAAUAUUCAUAUUGGUACGAUUGACUGCGUGCAAUAUAGUGAUAUUUGUGAUCAAGUUGAUGUGAAAAGUUAUCCAACGACAAUGCUCUAUUCGAACGGAAAGUCACAUAAAAACGUUGGAUUUCACAAUGCGGACGAGAUUGCAGAAUUCAUUGAGGACGUGUUGCAUCCUUCGGUUGAACAGCUAACAGAGGACGAUUUCGAUAACGUUGUAAAGCAACAGUCGGAAGGUACAAUGUGGCUAGUGGAUUUCUUUGCACCUUGGUGUGGUCCAUGUCAGCAAUUGGCACCCGAGUUCAGAAAAUUAGCCCGCAGUGUACGUCAACGAACACAGUUGAUAAAAUUCGGUUCGGUUGAUUGCGAGGCACAUCGUUCGUUGUGUACCAGCAAUGCAAUCAGAGCUUAUCCAACAAUACGCUUGUAUCAGUCUGACGCCUCUCAGUUACCCAUAUCUGUUUACGAAUUCAUAUUGAAUGGUACAAAUUGCAAAGUGAUUAUUCUUCUUAGUGAUUAUCCUACUAAUUGGUGGCGUGAUCAUGGCUCUAUGCGACGAUGGCUCUAUGAAUAUAUUCCAUCAAAGGUGACCAAGAUGGGUCGAGAGUUCUUUUCAAGCGUUCUGAAAGACACUCAACCGUGGUUAAUCGAUUUCUUUGCCCCGUGGUGUGGUCCUUGCAUUCAGUUCGCGCCGAUUUUUGAAGAAGUAGCCAAUAUGUUUGAUGGUCGUGUGAAAUUGGCAAAAAUCGACUGUGAUCAAUGGGCUGGUGUGUGUGAAGAAGCGAAUAUUAAUGCGUAUCCAACGAUACGUCUUUACGUGGGUUCAGUCAGUGGGAAUGAACAGAGUGUUAUGGGUAUUGCUAUCAAUGUGCAUAAUGCUGAUGGUAUUGUGCGUUCUGUUGAUCGAAUUCUUCAAUCAAUUAAGCAGAACAACAUCAAAACUGAGCUUUAA